AUGAAACGUUUCUCUUGUGCACUUUCGAAUACCUUUAAAUUCGUCCAACCUAGACGAACGUUGCCGAAUACUUUAAACAAGAAUAAUUUACGCAAUUCCUUCCGAUCCUUUCACACUAAUUUUCCAAUUUUUAAUCAAAAUGAUCGAAAUGCAAAUGAGACUCAGAAUCUUAUAGACGAAAUUUCCAAAGCAAUUCGUGAACAACAAUAUUCGAAAGCGAAACAAACUCUCCGAGGAUUAACCAAGAAUUGGUUGGGAUUUUACAAAUUCGAUGAUAAUCAAUUAGCUCUUUAUUUACAGAGUUUAGUCUUGUUGGAUUGUUCGAAUAAUGAUGAACGAAAGAUGAAUCUAACACCCUUGCUAUUAGCUUCGAAUAAUGGCUAUAAGAAAGCUCACUUAAUGCUUGCAACUAUGGCUUAUUUGAAGGAUUCCAAUUUGGAGAAUGAAAAUUAUAGAGUUUAUUUGAAGGAAUUUGACGAAAGUGUGGAUUGGAAUGACGAAACAUUGGUUCAAUUGACCAUUGAAUCACAUUUAAAAGAAUUAAUCCAACAAUUUGAUUCGAGAUUUGCACAUUUUGCUCUUGGAAAAUUUUACAUGAAAAAUCAAAAAUAUCAAAAGGCGUGUGAAGCAUUCACUCAGUCAACCGAGAAGAAAUUUACAAAAUCUCAAUUUGAAUUAGGUCUCUUAAUGAGAAAUGGAUCUCCUGAUGGAAUGGUUUCGAAAAAUCCUGAACGUGCUCUCGAAUUAUUCAAAAAAUCGAGAUGGGAACCACAAGCUCAUAAGGAAUUAGUUGAAAUGUAUCUGAAUGGUGAAGCAUUGAGUUUAGCUCUCAUUGGCGUGAUUGCACUUAAAAUCUACAAGAAUAUUCAAAAAGCAAAGGGAAUUCCUGGUGUUUGGCAAGUUUUGGAUAAUUCUCCUUGUUACAUUCCAAUUCUCUCUCCAUAUUUUUAUAUGGGAUCUGAAAAUCAUCUCAUUGAGGUGGCAACGAAGAGAGGUGAUCCAGAAACUGGUACUUUACGUAUCACAACAAUGAAUCUUAAUAGAAUAUUCGUUUCGGAUAGAGAAAUGUUGAAAGACAUUCACUCUAGAAAGUUGGGUUUCUUCCCAAAAUCAAAAACAUUCCUUGAACCAACUGAAGUAUUUGGUGGACACAUAGUUUCGGCUCCAGAUACCGAUUCUUGGAAGAAACAUCACAAUACCAUUUCUCCAGCUUUUAGCUCUAAUAAUUUAGAAUACAUGUCACAUGUUUCCAGUGAAACUGUUGAUACUAUGGCUCAAUGCCUUUGGAAUCCUGACAUUGAAAGCAAAGGAGAACAUGUAAUUGAUAGAGUUGACAAGUUAUUUACCAAUUUGACAUUGGACAUUUUGGCAAAAUAUAUUGACAGAUUUGUUGAAAGAGUUCAAAACUUGAUUGACCAAAAGAAAGAGGAAAUUGAACGUGAUGGAGAAGUUUCUACAAGAGAUGUUGUAUCAUUGAUGAUUCAAGAGAAUUUGAAUAACAAAGAAUUGACCAAAGAAGAAAUCCUAUCCAAUGCUUUUAUAUUUUUCAUUGCUGGAAUGGACACUAGCUCAAAUACAUUGCAAUGGUUCCUCUAUGAAAUUGCCAAAAAUCCAUCUCUCCAAAAACGUUUACAAGAAGAAGUUGACAACAUUCUUCCAAACAAGAGAAAACCAACUUUUGACGAUUACAAUCAAUUGAAUUUGAUCACCGCUUGCAUUCAUGAAACAUUGAGAGUACAUCCUCCAGUGACCAGUGUUGCAAAGGAUUGUGCCAAACCUGUCCAAUUAGGUCCAUUUCACAUUCCAAAAGGAUCUGUCAUUUAUUCAUUCUUGACAGCUGCCAACAAGAAUCCAAAAGUUUGGCCAAACGCUCUUGCUUUCAAUCCAGAUAGAUUCUACGAUCCCGAUGUAAAAUCCAAGUCUGCCAAUGACUAUACCUUAUUAAGCUUCUCAAUGGGUUUAAGAAAAUGCUUGGGAAUGAAAUUUGCCUUGAUUGAAAUGACUUGUGUUUUGGCCAGAAUGUUGCAAUAUUAUGAGUUUGAAUUGUUGAAUGAUGAAUCUGUUGAUCCAGUGAUGAAUUUUAGUAAGCUAACUGUAAAGCCAAGCAAUUUGAGAAUUCGUGUGAUUAAGAGAACUAAUUAA